UUCUGUGAGAAGAGACAACGUGCACGAGGAGAAUCAAACAAAUGAAUGUGUCAUCAUAUUAUCGGCUCAUUGGAACCUCACGGUCUCCUCUUGCUAACGACCAGGCAACAUGGAGUACAGCUGUCCAGUGACCAGCGAGUGUGAGGUCACCAAGAGGCGGAGGAAGGCGUGUCAGGCCUGUCGCUUCCACAAGUGUCUGCAGGCCGGGAUGAUGAGGGAGGGGGUGCGUUUGGACCGGGUCCGAGGGGGACGUCAGAAGUACAAGCGGCGGGUGGAGACAGGAAGGUGCAGUCACCUGAUCAGCAGCAGAAACAAGAUGAUUUCUCACCUGCUGCUCACUGACCCCGCCCCACUGGCUGCCAAUCAGGACACUUCGACCAAUGACAGCAGCCUGAGCACCUUGCUGACCCUGUGUGACCUCCUGAACCGGGAGCUGCUGGUUCUGAUUGGCUGGGCCAAACAGAUCCCAGGCUUCUCCGGUCUGUCAUUGGACGAUCAGAUGUCGCUGUUGCAAGGCGGGUGGAUGGAGGCGCUGCUGGUGGGCGUGGCCUGGCGAUCACAGGAAGCGCCGGGGGAGGAGCUUGUGUUCGCCGGGAACCUGCGGUUGGACGAGGCUCAGUGUCGAUCCCUGGGAUUGGCCGAGCUGUACGAGGCGCUGCGCCACCUGACAGUGAAGUACCAGCUGAUGGACCUGAGUCCUGAGGAGGCGGUGACGCUGAAGGCCGUGGCACUGGCCAACUCUGACGCCGACCCGGUGGACGGUCCCGACUCGGUGCAGCGGCUCCAGGACGGGCUCCAUGAUGCGCUGCAGGACUACGAGUCGUCCCGCAGAGGGCGCCACCGAGCCGGCCGCCUGCUCAUGAGCCUCCCUCUGCUGCGCCAGGCCGCCGACCGGGCGGUGCAGGCCUUCCUCCACCUGCACCGCCGCCGCCGCGUCCCUCUCCACAAGCUGCUCCUGGAGAUGCUGGACGCCAAAGCCUGAGGAGGCCCGAGUGCUGCUGAGACUCCCCCCCCACGGGACAGGAAACCGUCCUCACACACAGACUCAUUCUCUUUCUGUUCACACUGAAGUUAAAUCAGGAUCAAAGACUCAAACUGACUUCACUCAUUAGAGUCUCAUCUGUUCAGAGAAGAGCUGAGAACAUUGAACGUUUCCUCUGUGCUGUCAGAACAUAAAUACCAAUAACUGAUAAUCAUCAUGUGACGUGAGGUUUGUAGAGUAGGGGCCACUGCUCAGGCUCCGGGGGGGGCGUCAUGGACAUCAUCACUUUCUCUGCUCAGUCUCUGUUGACUCGUGGAAACAGAGAAUUCAUGUGAAGCAGUUUAUCUCGGUCUGUGUUCAGGGAAUCGAGCGUGAGAGAAACUUCUGUUCACAGCUGGAACCCUCAGCUCCGUCCUCAGCGUCGGAGCCUGGACGCCUCAUGUAGAAAAUCCAUGUUUUUGGUAAAAGAUAUUUUGAUGUGAACUUGUUUGCAGGGCGUUUGAGGUCGAGAGCUGAUUAGUUUAGUUUGAGUUGUUUCUAUUGAAAGUUGAAUAAAACACACGAUUCUCAUCUU